AUGAGCGGGAGCGGCGCGGCGCCGGGGCCGGGCUCGGGCUCCUCCCCAGCCGCCUGCCGCUUCGCGCACUACUUCGUGCUGUGCGGGAUCGACGCGGACAGCGGGCUGGAGCCCGACGAGCUGGCGGGUGAAAAUUUUGACCAGAGUCCUCUGAGAAGAACAUUUAAAUCCAAAGUUCUGGCCCACUAUCCUCAGAAUAUAGAAUGGAAUCCUUUUGAUCAAGAUGCUGUGAACAUGCUGUGUAUGCCUAAAGGGCUGUCUUUCAGAACACAAACUGACAAUAAAGAUCCUCAGUUCCACUCAUUUAUAAUUACCCGUGAAGAUGGUUCUCGUACCUACGGUUUUGUUCUCACUUUUUAUGAAGAAGUUACAAGCAAGCAAAUCUGCACAGCAAUGCAGACGCUCUACCAGAUGCACAAUGCUGAGCAGUACAGCAGUGUGUAUGCGUCAUCCUCCUGCAGCAUGGACUCGCUGGCAAGUAGUAUUGAUGAGGGAGAUGCAACUUCUCUUUUGAAACUCCAGAGAUACAACUCCUAUGACAUCAGCAGAGACACCCUGUAUGUUUCAAAAAGUAUAUGCUUGAUCACACCGCUGCCUUUCAUGCAGGCCUGCAAGAAAUUCCUCAUCCAGCUUUAUGAGGCAGUCACCUCACAGCAGCCUCCACCCUUGCCGCUUGAGAGCUACAUCCAUAAUAUUCUUUAUGAGGUACCUCUUCCACCUCCAGGAAGAUCACUGAAAUUUUAUGGUGUUUAUGAACCUGUCAUUUGCCAGAGGCCUGGGCCCAGUGAACUCCCUCUCUCGGAUUACCCGCUUCGGGAGGCCUUCGAGCUCCUGGGAUUAGAGAACCUGGUGCAGGUAUUUACCUGUGUUCUUUUAGAGAUGCAGAUACUUCUCUACUCACAAGAUUAUCAACGCCUGAUGACUGUGGCAGAAGGUAUCACCACACUUUUGUUCCCAUUUCAAUGGCAGCAUGUUUAUGUACCCAUCCUCCCUGCUUCUCUGCUACAUUUUCUUGAUGCUCCUGUCCCUUAUCUGAUGGGCCUUCAGUCAAAAGAAGGAACUGACCGUUCUAAACUAGAACUUCCUCAAGAGGCUAAUUUGUGUUUUGUGGACAUUGACAACCAUUUUAUUGAAUUGCCUGAAGAAUUUCCGCAGUUCCCCAAUAAGAUGGAUUUCAUCCAGGAACUCUCUGAAGUACUUCUUCAAUUUGGGAUUCCUCCUGAAGGUAGCAUACACUGCAGCGAAAGUGCCACCAAAUUGAAGAAUCUGGUUCUGAAAGACUUGGUCAAUGACAAAAAGAAUGGCAAUGUUUCCACUAAUAACAUCAGCAUGUAUGAGUUACUUAAGGGAAAUGAAACCAUCGCCCGCCUCCAGGCUCUAGCUAAGAGAACUGGUGUGACUGUGGAAAAAAUGGACCUCUCUGCCACUCUGGAUGAAAAAGAAAAAGAUGUAAAACUUCACUGUGAGGAGGCAGAACUGAGGGACUACAAGCUCAAUGUCCAGCUCCGAGAGGUCUUUGCUAACCGGUUUACGCAGAUGUUUUCAGAUUAUGAAGCUUUUGUGAUUCAGACUGCCCAGGACCUGGAAUCCUGGCUAACCAAUCGGGAACAGAUGCAGAACUUUGACAAAGCUUCCUUUCUGUCUGACCAGCCUGAGCCUUACCUACCAUUUCUUUCACGCUUCAUUGAAACACAGAUGUUUGCCACCUUUAUUGAUAAUAAAAUUAUGUCUCAGUGGGAAGAGAAAGAUCCCUUGCUUCGAGUCUUUGACUCUCGUAUUGAGAAGAUAAGACUGUAUAAUGUAAGGGCGCCCACCAUGCGGACGUCUGUCUAUCAGAAAUGCAGCACUUUAAAAGAAGCAGCCCAAUCGAUUGAGCAGCGACUGAUGAAAAUGGAUCACACGGCAAUCCACCCCCAUCUACUAGAUAUGAAAAUUGGUCAAGGCAAAUAUGAGCGUGGGUUCUUCCCAAAGUUACAGGCCGAUGUCUUGGCAACAGGACCAGCCAAUAACAACCGCUGGAUAAGUCGGGGUGCCACCACACAGCGCAGGAAAGAACGCCUUCGCCAGCAUUCUGAGCACAUUGGAAUAGACAACGACCUGAGAGAGAAAUAUAUGCAAGAAGCACGAAGUUUAGGAAAAAACCUGAGACAACCCAAAUUGUCAGACCUCUCUCCUGCAGUGAUUGCACAGACCAACUGGAAAUUUGUCGAAGGCUUAUUAAAAGAGUGUAGAAUGAAGACAAAGCGCAUGUUAGUGGAGAAGAUGGGACAUGAAGCAGUGGAACUGGGUCAUGGAGAAGCAAACAUAACCGGCUUGGAAGAGAAUACCUUGAUCGCCAGCCUCUGUGACCUACUGGAAAGGCUAUGGAGCCACGGCUUGCAGAUCAAGCAGGGGAAGUCGGCUUUGUGGUCACAUUUAAUUCAGUUUCAGGACAGAGAAGAAAAACAAGAACACCUUGCAGAAUCACCAGUUGCCCUUGGACCAGAAAGAAGAAAAUCUGACUCAGGAGUUAUGUUACCAACACUUAGGGUCUCUCUUAUCCAAGACAUGAGGCAUAUUCAAAACAUGAGUGAGAUCAAGACUGAUGUUGGACGAGCUCGGGCGUGGAUCAGAUUGUCUCUAGAAAAGAAGCUCUUGUCCCAGCAUCUCAAACAGUUGCUCUCUAACCAGCCACUCACCAAGAAGCUUUAUAAGCGGUAUGCUUUUCUACGCUGUGAAGAAGAAAGAGAACAGUUUCUUUACCAUCUCCUUUCCCUCAAUGCUGUGGACUAUUUCUGCUUCACCAGUGUGUUCACCACUAUCAUGAUUCCAUAUAGGUCAGUGAUCAUCCCAAUCAAAAAGUUGAGCAAUGCGAUCAUCACAUCUAACCCUUGGAUUUGUGUGGCAGGAGAGCUGGGAGAUACAGGAGUAAUGCAGAUUCCAAAAAACCUCCUUGAAAUGACUUUUGAGUGUCAGAACUUGGGGAAGCUGACCACUGUGCAGAUUGGUCAUGACAACUCAGGACUGUUAGCCAAAUGGCUAGUGGAUUGUGUCAUGGUCAGAAAUGAAAUCACAGGACAUACCUACAGGUUCCCAUGUGGACGAUGGCUGGGGAAGGGUAUUGAUGAUGGAAGCCUGGAGAGAAUUCUCAUCGGGGAAUUGAUGCCCUCUGCAUCAGAUGAGGACUUGGCAAAGCAGUGUCGGACUCCACCCCAGCAGAAAUCACCCACCUCAGCUAGGAGAUUAAGCAUUACUUCACUGACAGGAAAAACUAGCAAGCCUAACACUGGACAGAUCCAAGAAGGAAUUGGAGAAGCUGUGAACAAUAUUGUGAAACAUUUUCACAAACCUGAGAAAGAGAGAGGAAGCCUCACAGUAUUGCUUUGUGGAGAAAAUGGCCUGGUUGCAGCACUUGAGCAAGUUUUCCACCACGGGUUCAAAUCCGCCCGCAUCUUUCACAAGAAUGUCUUCAUCUGGGACUUUAUAGAGAGAGCUGUUGCUUAUUUUGAAACCACUGACCAGAUUCUAGACAAUGAAGAUGAUGUCCUUCUUCAGAAAUCAUCCUGUAAAACCUUCUGCCACUAUGUGCACGCUAUUAAUACAGCACCCAGGAAUAUUGGAAAGGACGGCAAGUUCCAGAUUUUAGUAUGCCUCGGAACACGGGAUCGCCUGCUCCCACAGUGGAUUCCAUUAUUAGCUGAGUGUCCUGCCAUUACCCGAAUGUAUGAAGAGAGCGCCCUCCUGCGAGACCACAGGACUGUCAACUCCCUCAUCCGCAUUCUGCAGACUAUUCAGGACUUUACCAUCAUCCUAGAAGGAUCCCUUAUCAAAGGAGUGGAUGUGAAUCCAAUUGGCUAGAAAACUCUCAGUCUAGACCCCUUGCUUCUGAACUUUCCCCAUUAAACAAGUCCAUAAGGACCGAUUUGAUUUGGACUUGUCUGAUGCAGUCGUGAGCCACUGCAGGGGGAAGCCUGCCAUAUCCCCCAAUUUGAACAAUCCUUAUGCUACAGAUAAGGCAAAUGCUGUAUUGUAGUUCAUUUGAACCUGGAAUUUAGUAUAAAAUAGAGUAUUUUCAUGUGUUAGAUGUGUGUAAAUAUACUAUCUUUAAGAAAUUAUAUUACUCGAAUAAGAUACUUUUCUUAGAUUGGCUAUUACUGUGACUUAAUAAGUAGUUUAAAAACAUUGGGGGUUGGGGGAGAAGAGUGGUGCUAGUCAGGAAGAAGCCGGGAAACAUGUAAAUAUAGGGCACCCCAGUUGGGCUUUGUUUUCCUCACUGUAUCACAAAGGACCCCCAGAAUGCAUUGUUCUGUUAUAGCCAUUCAUCCUGGUGUCCAGUCCUUUGUAUUGUGAAUGUAAACUGCUUUACUUACUAGAUGACAGAGUCCUCCUUUUUAUCUUUUAAGUUACAAACUGUUUCAUACACUUGAAUUGUGAGUCACUUUUCCAGUCUUUUGGAACAUUUUUUUUUUUUAAGUCAGCACAAGGUGAAUAUGUAAUUCAAAUAGUUUCAAUGCUGGACACCAGUUUGGCUGCUCUGGAAAGAGAACACACAAAACCUGAGAAAUGUGUUAAAUUGUGGGAUUCUAACUUCUCUCUGCUUUGGAAAGAUUAGCCUAGACUAACUUCAUUCUUGACAUUUUUAUUCCUGUUAUUUGAGGUAUUUUGGGAAGAUGUGAAUUUCAAAGUGUUGGCCUCAUAAUCAUAAGAACUGCAAACAAUCCUGAGAUUCUGUGCUUUUAAUUUGACCAGCUAAACUCUGCAGUGGUGCUGUACCUCUUAAAGAUAAACACAAGUCCCAUCUUUGUGGGGUCCCGGUCACCCUUUCCUCCUCUCUCCCCAGGCCCAUCCCCCCUCUCAGGAACUGGAGGAAUGUUUAAGAAGGAAGGCUCUGUGUGGCUUGGAAUGUUUCUGUGAAAGUAUAUGUUGACCAUGAUAAUGCAAAUAACAGGAGGAAAGAAUGGGCUCUUUCUGGGUCUUUCUAGGGGAGCUUCAUGUUUCUUUGUAAGGAGUAGUAAUGUAAAACAACUGGCCCAGAGAAAUUAAAAGCCACUUCAGCACAGACUGGCAAAAUGAAAGCAAAGCAAGAAGCAACAAUUUUGAAACACCAAAAGUUGUGAGUAACUUUCUAGUUUGGUAUUCUUUUUAGGAAAAUGAAAUAAAUGUGGUAUUAGCUAAUAACUUAAGUCUUCAACUUAUAGUAGGCCCUGCAACUCUAAUUAGACAUUUGCACAUUUUAGCAGUGAAAUUGCCUCAGCAGCGCUCCCGGUUUUAUUCCCAGUGUGGCUGAAAAGCAAAGACAUGGCCUCUAGGGAUCCUUGUACAAUCUGAGGGUGCUGGGCCAACAAUUCUGGUGCCCUUAUUUCCUGGAGGAAGAACUAAUGAAACAAGUGCCUCCCUCCUUUUUUCAAAUACUACAUUCAUUCAGGGCAGCCAGGGAACAGCCCCCUUUGAACAUAAUGUGACUUUGUACUAGAGAAGAGAAA